AUAAGAUCAUUCUUUGAAAACCAUCGAACUAGAUUAGCUCUACUAAAUUAACUAGAAAUGGCAAUCAAAUAUUUUACAUUGCUCGCCCUGAUCGGUGCCGCCUGUGCCGUCGUGCUGCCGGUAGCAGUGAAACACGUCGAGUAUGCCGAUGGUCCUGCUGAGUAUCACUUUGCGUACUCCGUGCAUGAUGAUCAUACCGGAGACAUCAAGAGCCAGCAGGAAGAACGUCACGGGGACAACGUCGUUGGCCAGUACACUCUGAUUGAUGCCGAUGGCUUCCGUCGCGUCGUGGACUACACCGCCGAUGAGCACAACGGAUUCAACGCCGUGGUCCGCCGAGAACCGCUGGCGCAGAAACUGGUCAAGACCGUUGUUCCAGUUACCAAGGUCAUUGCUCCGAUUGCCAAGAUUGCUUACUAUCACCAUUAAGGGAACGAGGCUGAACAUCUGAAAUGAUUCAAUGAUCGUCAUCAUCAUCAAGCUGUAUAGUACUAAUUGUUGCCAUAGAAUAAUAUAAUUUAUUUCAAACCUAA